AUGAACACGAUAUUUACUCCACCAUUGUACAUACAGCGAUACGAAUUUGUCAUCGACUUCGUCAAAGAGAACAAACCCAAAAAGGUGGUAGACUUGGGAUGCAAUGACUGCACUCUCCUUAGGAAGCUGAAGUUUCACAAAGAAAUUGAACUGCUUGCUGGACUGGACAUUGACUGUGCAGUUAUCAGGGCUAAAAUGUAUGAACUGGCACCGAUUCCAACUGACUACCUGCAGCCAGGUGAUCAUCCCCUGACCAUUGAGCUGUACCAGGGUUCAGUCACCGAGAGGGAUCCCCGCACCAAAGGAUUUGAUCUGGUGACGAGUAUUGAGCUCAUUGAGCACCUACAGCUUGAGGAUGUGGAUAGGUUCACUGAGGUUGUAUUUGGCUACAUGGCCCCAGUAGCAGCAAUCAUUAGCACUCCAAACGCUGACUUCAACCCCCUGCUCCCCGGGCUGACAGGGUUUAGACACUACGACCACAAAUUUGAAUGGACUAAAGUAGAGUUUCAGACCUGGGCUCUGAAGGUGUGCAAAGAGUUUGGUUAUGUGGUGGCGUUUACAGGUGUAGGACAGAUACCGGCCCAGGAGGAGAGCAUCGGGUUCUGCUCUCAAAUCGGAGUGUUUCAGAUAGACAGGUCAGGAGAGUCAGAGAUCAAAUUAUACAACGUGGUGUACCCAAGCCUGUGUGACAGCAAUAUCUUCCAGAGGACUCUGGUGAAUGAGGUCCUGUACUGGGCUGAGACCCUGAAGAGAGAGUGGCUGGAGGAGAUACGUGGAGUGGGGGAUGAAGAAUCAGAACAGACAGAUGAAGAGGGUUGUUCGAGAGAAGGAAUGGACAGGGAGGAGAGUCAGACAGGUGAAGUGGAGCGAGUGGAGGCAGGUGGUAGAGGGUUUGAGGUAGAGAAUGAGGAGGUGGGGGGAGAGGGUAGAACAGACAUGGGACAGGUGGAGCCCUACAGAGAAGGUCAGUCUGUGUGUGUCCCCUUGGUCAGGUUGUGCUCCUGCCCCAGAGUGCAAGCUCUGAGUGGGACAGUCCAGCGUCUCACAAAGUUCCUACUGGAGAACUCUAGAGUACAGUUAACCAACGAUGGCACUGCCGUGGUGUUGGUGGACAGCGAUGAUGAAGAUUUGGAGUGGGAUGAGAACUUUGAUAACACAGGGACAGGUCCGUUCUUUGUCAGUAGUGUGGAGAACGAGGACUGGGAGACCGAGCUUGGUCAGUAG